AUGGACGAAAAGAAGCCUGGCGAUCGAAUCGUCGUGAAAGCGAUUCGGGACAACAGCAAGACUGUGGGAAUGACGCUGGUGCUUGGUAGCCAAGAGGUUGAAGUGCCUGUACGACCAACUCGCCCUGAUCGUCCGGUUCCGUACGAUCCGUUAGGCGUGGAAGAAGAAAUGCCUCUGCCUGCCGACCCGCUUCCACCGCCGGUUGAUAACGCGCCGCGCGUUCUGGGAGUGCGCGUGGUACCGUUGACCGAUCAAAUUCGUGCUCAGACAGGCGUAUCGGUACGCCGCGGCGCUUAUGUCGAAAGCGUUAGCCGCGGAAGUGUCGCUGACCGAGCCAACAUUCCUGUAGGUGCUGUGAUUGUUUCAUACGAUGGCCGCCGCGUGGAUGAUGCUGUGGGAUUGAUCCAGAUGGUCCGCUCUUCCCCGGCUGAUCGGACGAUUCCCGUAAAUUACUAUUACGGCAAUCGAAUGGAAUCGACCCAACUCUAUUAUGGCAACCCACGCGACUUGCCACCGCCGAACGACCGAGAUCUCGGCCCCGGUACUCCAGGAGCCAACGGUGAUCGCCCUGCUCUGCGAAUGUUGCAGAACGCAUUGGAGGCGGUCGAAGGUGGUGAGAUGCCGGCCGGAAUGGUUUCGCAGGAACAAGUCGAUUCGCUCAGCCGACGCGUACGCGACUUGGAACAAGAGGUCCGCGAACUCCGCGAAGAGCUCCGCGCAAUGCGGAAUGGAAGCACGAUGAAUGACAUUUCCCUGAUUGCGAUCGCAUCGACAUGGAGUGCCGAGUCGUUCGUACGGCUGUUGUUGGCAACGCUGUGCGGCGCGGCACUCGGCUGGGAACGGGAAAAGAAAGCGAAACCCGCCGGGCUGCGGACGCACAUGAUGGUUUCGCUCGGUGCUGCCACGUUCGUACUUGCGGGACUGCACUACACCGAAUCGCUCGGGCAAAACGAGCCUUCCUGGUUGGAGGUCGAUUUGUUCCGGAUUGUAUCCGGGAUCAUCGGAGGUGUUGGAUUUCUGGGCGCCGGAUCGAUUAUUGAAUCACGCGGUGAUGUCCGCGGUUUGACGACCGCUGCUUCUAUCUGGGUUGCCGCCGCAACAGGACUCGCGUGUGGCAUGGGGUUUUAUGGACUCGGCGUAAUGGCGAUUGGUUUGGCAAUGAUCACGCUGGUUUGCGUCGGGGCAUUCGAGCGUUUCUUCUUCGACGGAAAGUCUGACCCUGGCCCUUAG